UCUGAGUAAGGCAAGACUCCGCUACCGCUUUGUAGCGGAGAUAAGGGAUUCACCGGUGUUGGCUACAAAACGAGUAGGACAAGGCUUAAUAUCAGAGCAUUUCUCCACUCUCUGUGCCUGAUAAUACGCAUUAAUCUAUAUUUUGCAUAAAUCAGGACAAGGAAUAGGGCGCGGAGAACAUUUAAACUAGGUGUAUUGCCAUCUCUUGCACUCCGAGCAACUGCCGUGUCUUCCUCACGAUGGGAAACGCUGCAACCGCCAAGAAAGGCAAUGAGCUAGAGAGCGAAACGUUUGUAAAAGAAUUUCUAGCCAAAGCCAAAGAGGAUUUCCUGCGGAAGUGGGAGUGCCCACCACAGAGCACAACUGGCCUAGAUGACUUUGAGAGACUGAAGACACUGGGUACAGGUUCCUUUGGGAGAGUCAUGUUAGUAAAACACAAGGGAACAGAGCAGUUCUAUGCCAUGAAAAUUCUGGACAAACAAAAGGUGGUGAAACUGAAGCAAAUAGAACACACACUAAAUGAGAAAAGAAUAUUGCAAGCUGUAUCAUUCCCUUUCCUUGUCAGAUUGGAAUAUGCCUUCAAGGACAACUCCAACUUGUAUAUGGUGAUGGAAUAUGUUCCAGGAGGAGAGAUGUUUUCACAUCUUAGAAGAAUUGGCAGGUUCAGUGAACCUCAUGCGCGAUUUUAUGCAGCACAGAUAGUCCUGACUUUUGAGUACCUCCACUCACUAGACCUCAUCUACAGAGAUCUCAAGCCAGAGAACUUGUUAAUCGAUCAGCAUGGAUACAUACAGGUCACAGAUUUUGGGUUUGCAAAAAGAGUGAAGGGCAGAACCUGGACACUGUGUGGAACACCAGAGUACUUGGCUCCAGAAAUCAUCCUCAGCAAGGGUUAUAACAAAGCUGUAGACUGGUGGGCACUGGGUGUCCUCAUUUAUGAAAUGGCAGCUGGCUACCCUCCAUUCUUCGCAGACCAGCCCAUCCAGAUAUAUGAGAAGAUUGUGUCUGGAAAGGUCCGAUUCCCCUCACACUUCAGCUCUGACCUGAAAGAUCUGCUACGGAACCUGCUGCAGGUGGACCUGACCAAGCGCUAUGGCAACCUAAAGAACGGUGUGAACGACAUCAAAAACCACAAAUGGUUUGCCACGACAGAUUGGAUCGCCAUUUAUGAGAGAAAGGUAGAAGCUCCAUUCAUACCAAAGUGCAGAGGACCUGGCGACACGAGCAACUUUGACGACUACGAGGAGGAGGACAUUCGUGUGUCUGUUACAGAAAAAUGUGCAAAGGAGUUUUCUGAAUUUUAGCUUGCAAGAACAUGGAAACAUCAGGGCUAUACUAUGAUUAUUACACCACACUUAAAAUAUAAGGGGAUUGUUACUGUCUAAAAGACAAGAGAAGGAGCAGAGACCAGAGGAUCACUGAAUUUUAUGAAGUAGUCCUUCAUUCCAUGUGGCCGUUCGGAGGGUCACCAUUGUCCUUGUGCUCAGUCAGCAUUUAAUUGCCAUAUGCUGGCAUGGUAAAGCAAACACAUCACAGGCUUUUUCUUUCUUUUCCCAUUCAACCUGCUCUUUGCUUUUCAACUAGGAAAGCG